UGUUCUUUAUAUAAAGGCCCCCUAUCCUCGUGCCCGAGUUCUCAUUGAGCCCCUCCCCAUCUUCAACUGAUCUCUCAUCCGGUAAUUUGCUCUCGAUCUGAUCCAUCAUAUAUAUAUAUAUCGAUCUCUCAGCUCCCACCAUGAGCAGCUGUUUGAGUAUGAUGGAGGCUAGGCUGCCUCCAGGGUUCAGAUUUCACCCGAGAGACGAAGAGCUGGUCUGCGACUAUCUGGGCAAGAAAAUUUCAGGGGAUAACGGUACUGGAAGCUCGUGCGGUUUCCCUACGAUGAUCGACGUUGAUCUCAACAAGGUCGAGCCGUGGGAUCUUCCUGAAAUUGCAUGCGUCGGAGGCAAAGAGUGGUACUUCUACAGCCUUCGUGAUCGGAAGUACGCAACAGGACAGCGAACAAACAGGGCGACGGCAGCAGGAUACUGGAAGGCCACGGGCAAAGACAGGCACAUAAGCCGAAAGGGCACGCUUGUGGGGAUGAGAAAAACAUUGGUAUUCUAUCAAGGUAGGGCGCCAAAGGGAAGGAAGACCGACUGGGUCAUGCAUGAAUUUCGUAUGGAAGUAGCGGUUGACGCGCCAAGAUUUGCCGUCGAGGAGGGUUGGGUGUUAUGCAGAGUGUUCUACAAGAGCAGAUGCCUCUCAUCCAAACCAAGCGUAGAUACUAAUAAUUAUCAGUACGAAGACAGAAGCUAUUCCUCCUCCCUUCCUCCAUUGAUGGAGACCUACAUAACCUUUGGACAAACCCCAAUGAGCUUGGAGGGCUACGAGCAAGUGCCCUGCUUCUCCAAGCUCCUCCACCAGAGCUCACCGGCAACUGCAAGCCUACGGCGGGCCAACCCACCGGCUCCGGCGAUCACGGCCUUCAAGAAUCAUGGUGCACGCUUUGAGUUGGACUCGGGCUUUAACCAGUUUGAUUGCGAUAAAAAGGUGAUUAGGGAAGUUUUAAGUCAGUUGACCAAGUUGGAGGGAAGUCAGGAGGAGGAGCCACAUCCAAAUCUUGGGGAAGGAAGUAUAGAGAGCUAUUUGAGUCAGAAUGGAUUGUCUUUUUUUGGUAAUUAGAAGCAAGAACAAAGAUGUUAAUUAGUCCAAAUUAGUUUGUACAUAUUUAUUUGCAGACAUAUAAAUGAAAGAUUAUAUGAGUAAGUAAGCAAAAAUAAUUCAUGGAGCCGACCCCAAAAAUUUUAAUAGAAAACAAGUACAAUUGAUCUCAACAGUGUGUGUUU